UCUACCAGACGGUUCUUCUCUUAUCGACAUGAGUGGAGCUUCGCAGGCAGAAAUGGGGGACACGAACCCAUCAGAGUCUGUAAAGCGAAGGCCAGGCAGGUAUCACCAGUCUGCUUUGAGCAUGCUGGCCAUUCACAAAUCCACAAUGGAGAAACAGGCCAGAUUCAGACAGGAGAGGGAGGUGAGGAAGGCUAGUCUGACGCCAGCACACCAGUACAUGUUUGAAGUCCUGGCUGUUGGGCUUGGCCUGGAAGUUUCAGCGGUAGAAGAUUUUAUUCUUGAUGCCCCAUCAUUAGCACCGUUUGAUGAUUUCUUUGCCAAAGGAGGGUCAGAAGUUAUUUCAUUUGCGUACCAGGAAUCAGAGGUUCCAGGAGUAGAAUGUGGUCGCACUUUUCCUGGCGUGUCGAAGGGAACCAAAAUGAUGCGACUGUUCCUGGCCGAUAUGUCCGACACAUGCUUUGAAGGACUUUGUUUGUUUUUUCUGAGAACCAACGCGGAUGUUGCACUCAACCCAGCGAACAUCCACAAGGAGAUUUAUCUAUCCAUGCUCAGCGCCACAGAGGGGAUGCUGAAAGGAAUAAGAGAUUUGUUAUCAAAUGUGUACAUACCAGCAGUUUGUACAACUGAGAACUGGGGGGCUUUAAACCAGUCUAAACAUGGAGAGAAAAUCAAGCAGAACUUUAGAGAUGACCUGUUUCACUUCACGCACUUUCUGGAUGAGAUGCAGCUGAGCAUCGAGGGUACCGUUAAACUAACAAAAGCCUCAGAGAUCGACUUCUCCAGACUUGUGACCUUUGAGAAUAUAAAAGCGGCGGCUGAAGACGCGGACAUGGUGCGCAGACUCGAGGAGAUUUUAAUGGGGUGGCACAAGCAGAUCGAACAGGUGCUGACAGAAAGGAAUCAGAUUCGUAGAGAAGAUGAUGCGUUGGGGCCUUUGACAGAACUCGAACACUGGAAAAGGAUGUCUGCAAAGUUCAGCUCCAUCAUAGAACACAUCAAAGGCUCAGAAUGUAAAACUGUGGUGAACGUCCUUCAUAUAAACCGAUCAAAGACCAUAAAGCUAUGGCGGGAGCUAGAUAACAGAAUAACUGACUGUGCGAACGAGGCUAAGGACAACGUAAAAUAUCUCUCCAGCCUGGAGAAAAUAUGUCGGCCUCUUUAUAACUCUGAUCCAGUCACCAUGACUAAAAGUAUCCGGACUCUCAUCACCACCAUUUGCAUGAUACAUGAUGUGUCAAGAUAUUACAACACGUCUGAACGAAUGUCUACACUUUUUAUUAAAGUUACUAAUCAGAUGGUGACCGCCUGCAGAGCUUACCUUACUAAUAAUGGCACCUCAAGCAUUUGGGAUCAGGACACACACGAUCUCAUUAAGAAGAUGCAGGAGUGUAUCUGCCUGUUUGAGGAGUAUCGGUCAUGCUUCCAAAGUACGAAGAAGCAGAGGCUCGAGACGCAGCCCGGGAAAUCAUUCGAGGUGUCGGAGAUGUACAUCUUCCGCAAGUUUGACGAUUUCUGCAAGAGGCUCGAGAAGAUAACUCAGAUGAUCACAGUGAUAAAAUCGUUCUCGGCCCUCGGCCAGUCAAGAAUCGAAGGGCUCGAGGCUCUAGCUGCAAAGUUUCAGAACAUCUACAUCAACAUAAAAAAGAAGGAGUACGACAUACUGGCUCAAAGAAGAGAGGUGUUUGAGGUGGACUUUACCGAGUUCAUGUCUCACAUCAGUAACCUGGAGCACCAACUUCAAGAUUUAAUGAGAAAAUGUUUCUCCAAGAUUUUUUCAUCUCAACAAGCCUUAAACCUCCUACAAAGGUUUCAGAAACUGAACAUGUCGUGUCUGCAGGCAGAAAUCUCCACAACCCUCCACCUGAUUCUGCAGCACUACGUCACAGAGCUCGAAGCUGUAAACCAGCACUAUCAGACCUACAGAGAAGAUCCUCCCAUAGGCAGAAACAUGCCUCCAGUGGCGGGCAGGAUUGUCUGGGUCAGGCAGCUGUUCAGCAAAAUACAGGAACCCAUCAGUUACAUUGAGAAAAACUCAGAGGUCCUGUCCACAUCUGAGGGGCAGGAUGUUGUGCAGCUGUACAACAGGUCUGCAGCGGUGUUUGUGGAGUUUGAGAUUCUUUACUAUACAGCCUGGAUGAACAGGUUCCCACAGUUGGAAUAUGCCCUGUAUGAAACCCUGCUUGUUCGCGACCCAGAAUCAAAGAAACUGCUGGUGAACAGUUCUACAAUAAACGAGACAUUACGAGAGAUUAAAUGCUUGAUUAAACUGGGAUUGAAGGUUCCCGAGAAGGCUCUGUAUAUGUUUAGGACAGAGAAACACCUAAAGACAACACAAUUCAGAUUAGAGACGUUUAUCAGCAGUUAUGAGGAUACGCUUGAGGAAAUUCCUGCUAUGUUUUACAGUCUGAUGAUAUCAAAAAUAAAAAAGGUGGACUCUGUGCUUCGUCAAGGCUUGGUGUUUCUCAGCUGGUCGUCUCUCAUCCUGGACACAUUUUUAAAUGAUCUUGAUGCUGCCAUGGCUGAGCUGCAGCAUGUUCUAAAGAAGGUGACAGAUCUUUGCGAGAUUCGCAUUGAAGGUGUUUUACACAACAUCUCCGAGACUGUCCUCAUCACCCUGCCAGAGGACAGAGCCUCAUCUCUACAGGACCUGAUUACCACCAACGAGGCUCAGACUAAGCUGUGGGCUCAGACUCUCAACCAAAAGAGCAGCCACGUAGAGGAGGCAGUGAAGGAACUGACUUUAAUCUUCAGUGCUAUUUAUGAGCCAAAAGAAAGCAAAGACCCGGCUGAGAAACCUAAAGGACACAAACGUGUUGCAUUCUCAGAAGAUCUGGGCUCAUCAAACGAUAAAGACAGGUUCAAGGCAGAAGCCCGUGAAGCUGAUAAAGACGAAGACUUUAAAAACGAGUGCAGAGAACUGUAUGCUCACUUCAGCGCAAAACUUCUGGACGCUUUGGUGAAGGCCACAUGUUUGUCUCUGGACACGUUAAAAAGAAGAUUGUUUAUUUCCAGCUCAUCUGGCGGCCAUCCCAGUGUCUCAGAUGAGGUGAUAACUUUAAUAAAAUCUGAGAUCCACCUGACCAUACCCAAUGUGGUGAUGAUACCGAGUCUUGAUAAGAUCCAGCAAGCAAUCAUUCACCUGGUGCAUCUGGUGCUGGAGGUGAGCCGCGGCGUGGCAUGCUGGAAACAGGAUUGCCGCUCAGACGACGUUGGAAAGUCUGGAUGUAAGAGGCGCAUGGGCACCAGGUCUGGGCGGCUGAGGAACUUCUUCCAGAGUGUUUCUGAAAACAAGGAUGUGUGCAAGCCUGUAGGACUUCUAAUGUCAGGGGUGAACCUCCUGGGUAAACAGCCCGGAGAUGUGCUCAGUCAGUUCAGAGCCUUCAAAGUAAUCUGGGAUCAGGACCGAGACGACCAAGUCAAGGAAUUCAUCAGUAGCAACCCCGACCUAUACCUGAUAAAGGAGCAAAUUUUACACUAUGAAACGGUUGAACAGGAGAUCGCGGACAUCACGCCCAUCGUCGUUUUAGGUGGAAUGGAAUUGUCAACAGCUCCACUGAAGAUGUCCCUGAGUGUGGAAGCGAAAGCCUGGAAACUGAUGCUGUGCAAGUACGUACAAAAGGAAUACAAGAAGAAGCUGAUGGACAUGAUCGCUUUCAUUAGUGAGCAGCAAAAAAAACUCUCACGCCCUAUAGCUGACCUGGACGACGUGAGAUUCGCUAUGGAAGCCCUGUCCAAUAUCCGGGACUCAGAAAUUAUAAUGGACAUGACCAUGGGGCCCAUCGAGGAAGCCUAUUCUAUACUAAACAAGUUUGAAGUGGAAGUGACGAAGGAGGAGGCCGAGGGUGUGGAUACACUAAGAUACUCUUUUGCUAAACUGCAGUCCAAAGAGAGAGCAGUCCAGCAUGAACUGGUCAGUGCGCAGCCCAAGUUGAAAGAGAAUCUCCUGGAAUCAGUCGGCACGUUUCAGAAUGACUUGAUGACUUUCGGCCAGAAGUAUGAAACGGAAGGCCCGAAUGUUUCAGGCAUUUCACCUGAGGAGGCCAGCAUCAGACUUCAAAUCUUCCAGACUGGGUUUGAUAACCUGUGGAGGAAGUUCACCACAUAUUCUUCUGGAGAACAGUUGUUCGGCCUGCCCGUCACUGAAUAUGAUGUUCUACAGAAAGCUCGGAAAGAGCUCGGGCUUCUUCAGAAGCUGUACGGCCUCUACGAUGCGGUUAUGAAUAAGAUCAGCGGCUAUUACGAAAUCCUCUGGACCGAAGUGGAUAUUGAAAAGAUCAACACGGAGCUUUCAGAAUUCCAAACCAGAUGCCGAAAGCUCCCCAAAGGACUGAGAGACUGGCAGGCGUUUUUAGAUCUGAAGAAAAGGAUCGAUGACUUCAGCGAGUCGUGCCCUCUCCUGGAGAUGAUGGCUCACAGAGCGAUGAAGCAGAGACACUGGGAACGCAUCGCUGACCUGACGCAGCACAAGUUUCACGUGGAUUCGGACACGUUCUGCCUUCAAAACAUAAUGGAGGCCCCACUGCUGAAACACAAAGAAGACAUAGAGGACAUCUGCAUCUCAGCAGUAAAGGAGAAGGAUAUCGAGGCCAAGCUGGCACAGGUGGUUGAUUUAUGGUACAGUCAGUUGCUCACAUUUAUGGCUUUUAAAGGCAGAGGAGAGCUGAUGCUUAAAGGAGCUGAGACGGCAGAAAUCAUCACUGCCAUGGAGGACAGUCUGAUGGUGCUUGGAUCACUUCUAAGCAACAGAUACAACACUCCUUUUAAGAAAGACAUCCAGAACUGGGUUUUUAAGCUCUCCACAUCAUCAGACAUCAUCGAGCAGUGGCUGCUUGUUCAGAACCUGUGGGUGUACCUGGAGGCCGUGUUUGUGGGUGGAGACAUUGCCAAGCAGCUUCCACAGGAAGCGAAGCGCUUCCAGAACAUCGAUAAAUUAUGGAUAAAGAUCAUGCAGAGAGCCCAUGAGAUCCCCAGUGUGGUGCAGUGCUGCGUGGGAGAUGAGACCAUGAGCCAGCUUCUACCUCACCUGCAGGAGCAGCUUGAACUCUGCCAGAAAUCUCUCACAGGCUACCUGGAAAAGAAACGACUGCAGUUCCCCCGCUUUUUCUUUGUGUCCGAUCCUGCUUUACUGGAAAUCCUCGGACAAGCCAGUGACUCUCACACCAUCCAGGCUCAUCUCCUGGGAGUGUUCGACAACGUCAGUGAGGUGGAGUUUCAUGUCAAGGACUACGACAAGAUUUUGGCGGUGAUCUCUCAGGAGGGCGAGAAAGUACCCCUGGACAAACCAGUAAUGGCGCGCGGUCCUGUGGAACUCUGGUUGGGAGAGUUACUGGUGCAACAGCAAGCCUCACUGCACUCAGUCAUAAAAGCAGCUCAGCUGCAGAUUAAUGAGCCCGACUUCCAGCUCCUCACCUUCCUUAACCAGGUCCAAGCUCAGGUGGGCCUGCUGGGCAUUCAGAUGCUCUGGACUCGAGACUCAGAGGAGGCACUGCAGAAUGCCAAGAAGGACAAGAGGGUCAUGUCUGUGACAAACCAGAAGUUUCUGGAUCUGCUGAACACGCUGAUAGCACAGACGACUCACGACUUGUCCAAGUUCGAGCGUGUUAAGUUUGAGACGCUGGUUACAAUCCACGUCCAUCAGAGAGACAUUUUUAAUGAUUUGGUGAAAAUGAACAUCAGGUCCCUCGGUGACUUUGAAUGGCUGAAGCAGAGCAGAUUUUAUUUCCGGGAGGAUCAGGAUCACGUCGCAGUGUCGAUCACGGACGUCGACUUCAUCUAUCAGAACGAGUUUUUAGGCUGCACGGACAGGCUGGUCAUCACUCCUCUUACAGACAGGUGUUACAUUACCUUAGCUCAGGCGUUAGGUAUGAGUAUGGGCGGAGCUCCUGCUGGUCCGGCUGGGACGGGCAAAACCGAAACCACCAAAGACAUGGGCCGCUGCCUGGGGAAGUACGUCGUGGUCUUUAACUGCUCCGACCAGAUGGACUUCAGAGGACUGGGCAGGAUUUAUAAAGGUCUGGCUCAGUCUGGGUCCUGGGGAUGCUUCGAUGAGUUUAACAGGAUCGACCUGCCCGUGCUGUCGGUCGCUGCACAGCAGAUCCACAUCGUCCUGAGCGCUCGCAAAGAGCGCAAAGCUCAGUUCCUCUUCACCGACGGAGACUGUGUGGAUCUGAACCCCGAAUUCGGACUCUUUAUUACCAUGAACCCGGGCUACGCCGGUCGCCAGGAACUGCCCGAAAAUCUAAAGGUGCAGUUCAGGACCGUUUCUAUGAUGGUUCCUGACAGACAGAUCAUCAUGAGAGUCAAACUGGCCAGCUGUGGUUUCAUCGAGAACGUUAUACUGGCUCAGAAGUUCUUUGUGCUUUAUAAACUGUGUGAGGAGCAGCUCACGAAGCAGGUUCACUAUGAUUUUGGGUUGAGGAACAUUCUGUCGGUUUUGAGGACUCUGGGAGCUGAGAAACGGGCUCGACCCUCAGACUCUGAGUCCAGCAUCGUGAUGAGGGUUCUGCGUGACAUGAACCUCUCCAAACUGGUGGAUGAAGACGAGCCUCUGUUUCUCAGUCUGAUCAGUGACCUGUUUCCUGGGAUUCAGCUGGAUAACAGCACCUACGCUGAGCUGCAGGCUGCAGUCGCCACACAAGUGCAACAAGCAGGAAUCGUUAAUCACCCGCCGUGGAACCUCAAGCUCAUACAGUUAUACGAGGCGUCGCGGGUGCGUCACGGCCUGAUGACCCUCGGCCCGAGCGGAGCCGGAAAGACGACCGCCAUUAACAUCCUCAUGCGCGCCAUGACAGAGUGCGGCGCUGCUCACAGAGAGAUGAGGAUGAACCCCAAAGCCAUCACCGCGCCCCAGAUGUUCGGCCGUCUGGACGCCGCUACCAACGACUGGACCGACGGGAUCUUCUCCACCCUGUGGAGGAAAACUCUCAGAACUAAAAAGGGAGAAAACAUCUGGAUUGUGCUGGAUGGGCCAGUAGACGCCAUCUGGAUCGAGAACCUGAACUCGGUGCUGGACGACAACAAAACUCUGACCCUGGCGAACGGUGACCGGAUCCCUAUGUCCCCGAGCUGUAAGCUGGUGUUUGAGGUGCACAACAUGGACAAUGCUUCUCCCGCUACCGUCUCCAGAGUGGGCAUGGUGUUCAUGAGCUCCUCCGCUCUCAGCUGGAGACCCAUUCUGCAGGGCUGGACCAACAAGCGCAGUGCUCAGGAAGCUGACAGCCUGAUGAGCCUGUAUGAUAAGAUAUUUGAAGAUGCUUAUAUAUUCAUGAAACAAAACCUCAAGCCAAAAAUGCAGCUCUUGGAGUGCAACUACGUUAUGCAGUCGGUAAACCUGCUGGAGGGUCUGAUUCCUCCUAAAGAUGCUGGAGGCACGUUGAGCAGCGAGCACCUGGAGCGCCUCUUCGUGUUCUGCAUGAUGUGGAGUCUGGGAGCUCUGCUGGAACUGGAUGACCGGGACAAGAUGGAGCUGUUCGUUCGCUCUCAUGAAAGCAAGCUUGACCUGCCACCGACAGAGCCUGGCCAGACCAUGUUCGAGUACAUGGUCAAUCAGAACGGUGACUGGGAUCACUGGAGUAAAUACGUCGUGCAGUACGUCUACCCCACAGACUCGGCACCAGACUACACGUCCAUUCUCGUUCCCAACGUGGACAACACCAGAACGAGCUUCCUGAUUGAGGCCAUCGCAAAACAGCGCAAGGCUGUUCUCCUCACCGGUGAACAGGGGACUGCCAAGACGGUCAUGAUUAAGGCCUACACGAAGAAAUACAACCCUGAGAUGGAUCUGUUCAAAUCCAUGAACUUCUCCUCCGCCACGGAGCCGAUCAUGUUCCAGCGGGCAGUAGAGAGUUACAUAGAGAAGCGGCUGGGCAGCACAUACGGACCCCCCGGCAGACGGAGACUGACCGUUUUUAUUGAUGACAUCAACAUGCCUGUCGUCAAUGAAUGGGGAGAUCAGAUCACAAAUGAAAUAGUGCGUCAGACGAUGGAGAUGUCGGGCAUGUACAGUCUGGAUAAACCCGGUGAUUUCACCACCAUAACAGACGUUCAGAUGAUGGCCGCCAUGAUCCAUCCCGGCGGUGGCAGGAACGAUAUUCCUCAGAGACUGAAGAGACAGUUCACAGUGUUUAACUGCACGCUUCCGGCCAACUCCUCCAUCGACAUGAUCUUCGGAAUUAUUGGCUGUGGAUAUUUCCAUCAGUGUCGAGGAUUUACACCAGAGAUCUCUGACACUGUACAGCGUCUCGUACCCGCUUCCCGGAUUCUCUGGCAAUGGACCAAGGGGAAGAUGUUGCCCACUCCAUCAAAGUUUCACUACUUCUUCAACCUAAGAGAUCUGUCCAGGAUUUGGCAGGGCAUGCUGAAGAUCAGAGCAGAAGAGUGUGAGACAGUCGCCACCCUCCUGUCCUUGUUCAAGUGUGAAUGCACUCGAGUCAUCGCAGACCGGUUUGUGUGUGAGGAGGAUAAGCACUGGUUCGAGAAGUCUAUAGCCCAGGUCAUUCAGGAACACGUGGAUCCUGCUUUGGUGCCACACCUCCACCCCGACCCUUACUUUGUGGACUUCCUGAGAGAGGCUCCAGAGCCUACAGGAGAGGAGGCUGAUGACGCCUGUCUCGACGCUCCCAAAAUCUAUGAACUGGUGCCGGACUUCCAGUUCCUGUCGGAGAGACUGCGGUUCUAUCAGAGCCAGUAUAACGAGGCUGUUCGGGGCUCACAUCUGGACCUGGUCUUCUUUACUGAUGCCAUGACCCACCUCAUCAAGAUCUCCCGCAUCAUCAGGACCGAUGGAGGAAGCGCUCUGCUGGUGGGAGUGGGAGGGUCGGGCAAGCAAAGCCUUUCACGGCUCGCGUCGUACAUCGCCGGUUACAGGAUAUUCCAGAUUACACUCACUAGAACCUAUAACAUCAGCAACCUGAUGGAUGACCUGAAAGUGCUGUUCAGAACGGCCGGCGCUGAAGGAAAAGGCGUCACGUUCAUCUUCACGGACAACGAGAUAAAAGACGAGGCCUUCCUAGAGUACCUUAACAAUGUUUUGUCAUCUGGAGAGGUCUCGAACCUUUUUGCUCGUGAUGAACUGGACGAGAUAACACAGAAUCUCAUCCCCGUAAUGAAAAAGGAGACGCCCCGAGUGCCGCCCACCUUUGAUAAUCUGUAUGAAUACUUCAUCUCCCGGGCCAAAAAGAACCUCCAUGUGGUGCUGUGUUUUUCCCCGGUGGGGGAGAAGUUCCGCUCCCGCUCUCUGAAGUUCCCCGGACUGAUAUCCGGAUGCACCAUGGACUGGUUCACCCCGUGGCCGAGUGAAGCCCUGAUGGCCGUGUCCCAGUAUUUCCUCUCGGACUUCCACAUGGUCUGUUCGCCUGAGGUGAAGACUGCGGUGGUCCAGACUAUGGCCGUCUAUCACGACAGAGUCUCCUCCACCUGCGAGAGCUACUUUGAGAGAUUCAGACGAAGGGCCCACGUCACCCCGAAAUCCUACCUGUCCUUCAUCAAUGGAUACAAAACCCUCUAUACAGAGAAGCACACCCACAUCAACACUCUUGUUGAGCGCAUGAAUGUCGGUCUAGCCAAGCUAAUGGAAGCCAGCGAAUCCGUCGCGCAGCUGUCCAGAGACCUGGUGGUGAAGGAGCAGGAGCUGGCGUUGGCCUCGGCCCGAGCCGACAAGGUCCUCAAGGAGGUGACUGUGAGCGCCGAGGCCGCCUCUGUGGUCAAAAACGAGGUGCAGGUGGUGAAGGAUAAAGCGCUGAAGAUCGUGGAGGAAAUCGAGAAGGAAAAAGGUGUGGCAGAGCUGAAGCUGCAGGCGGCUGAACCUGCACUCAUGAAAGCUGAGGCGGCUUUAAACACCAUCAAACCGGCCGAUAUCGCAACAGUGAGGAAACUGUCCAAGCCACCACAUUUAAUCAUGAGAAUUAUGGACUGCUGUCUGCUUCUCUUCCGCAAGAAGCUGGACCCCGUCGUCAUGGAUCCAGAGAGGCACUGCCUUAAGCCCUCCUGGAGCGAAGCCAUGAAGCUGAUGAGCGGCGGCGGCUUCCUGACGUCACUGCAGCAGUUUCCUAAGGACACGAUAACCGAAGAGACGAUGGAGCUGCUGGAGCCGUACUUCCAGAUGGAGGAUUACACGCUGGAGAACGCCAGUAAAGUGUGCGGAAACGUGGCGGGUCUGCUGUCCUGGACACAGGCUAUGGCCACCUUCUUCAGCAUCAACAAGGAGGUGCUGCCACUGAAGGCUAAUCUCAGCGUUCAGGAGAACAGGCUAACGGCAGCUAAUAAGGAACUGGCUAACGCUCAGGCCCAGCUGGAUGAAAAGCAGGCAGAGCUGGACAUGGUGCUGGCCAAAUUCGAAGCAGCCAUGAAGGAGAAGCAGGAUCUGCUGAACGACGCCGAAUCGUGCAGAAAUAAAAUGCAGACGGCCUCCGCUCUGAUCGACGGGCUGAGCGGGGAGAAAGUGCGCUGGACCGAGCAGAGCAGAGAGUUCACCUCACAGAUCAGCAGGCUGGUUGGAGACGUCCUGCAGCUGACCGGCUUCCUGUCCUACUGUGGUCCGUUCAACCAACAGUUCCGUAACAUGCUGCUGAAGGAGAUCUGGGAGGACGAGCUCACGAAGAAGAACAUUCCCUUCACUGAAAACCUGAACCUGAUCUCCAUGCUGGUGGACCAGCCCACAAUCAGCGAGUGGAAUCUGCAGGGCCUUCCGGGUGAUGACCUGUCGGUGCAGAACGGCAUCAUUGUCACCAAAGCUACCCGCUUCCCCCUCCUCAUCGACCCCCAGACUCAGGGCAAGGCUUGGAUCAAGAAGAAGGAGAAAGCCAACGAGCUCCAGGUCACGUCUCUGAAUCACAAGUACUUCCGCACCCAUCUGGAGGACAGCCUGUCCCUGGGUCGCCCUCUGCUCAUCGAGGAUGUACCCGAGGAGCUGGACCCAGCGCUGGAUAACGUGCUGGAGAAGAACUUCAUCAAGUCUGGAUCCUCCUACAAGGUUAAAGUCGGAGACAAAGAGAUCGACGUGAUGGACGGCUUCCAACUCUACAUCGCCACCAAGCUGCCCAACCCGUCCUACACGCCCGAGGUCUGUGCCAAAACCUCCAUCAUCGACUUCACCGUGACCAUGAAGGGCCUGGAGAACCAGCUGCUGGGCAGAGUCAUCCUGACCGAGAAAUACGAACUGGAGGCUGAGAGGCUGAAUCUGAUGCAGGACGUCACGGCCAACAAGAGGAAGAUGAAAGAGCUGGAGGAUAAUUUGCUUUACAAGCUCAGCACCACAAAAGGCUCUCUGGUCGACGACGAGUCCAUGAUCGGGAUCUUGAGAGUCACUAAGGAAACAGCAGCGGAGGUGAGCGAGAAGCUCAACGUGGCCACCGAGACGGAGACGAAGAUCCUCGCCGCUCAGGAGGAGUACCGUCCCGCGGCGUCCCGCGGCAGCAUCCUCUACUUCCUCAUCACAGAGAUGAGCAUGGUCAACGUCAUGUACCAGACCUCGCUCGCCCAGUUCCUCAGGAUCUUCGACCUCUCCAUGUCGAGGUCAGAAAAAACCCCCCUGACCCAGAAGCGCAUCGCUAACAUCAUCGACUGUCUGACGUACGAGGUGUUCAGAUACACGGUCCGAGGCCUGUACGAGAAUCACAAGUUCAUCUUCACUCUGCUGCUGGCUCUCAAGAUCGAUCUGCAGAAGGGCAACAUCAAGCACAGCGAGUUCCAGAUUCUUAUUAAAGGUGGUGCCGCCCUGGAUCUCAAAGCUUGUCCUCGUAAACCCUUCCGCUGGAUUCUGGACAUGACAUGGCUGAACCUGGUUGAGCUGAGCAAACUGCCCCAGUUCACCAACAUCAUGAGCCAGGUGUCCCGGAAUGAAAAGGGCUGGAAGGCGUGGUUCGAUAUGGACGCACCAGAGGACGCAGUGAUUCCCGAUGGUUAUAAUGAUUCACUGGAGAUCUUCCACAAAUUACUGCUUAUCAGAUCCUGGAGUCCAGAUCGCACGCUGUCUCAGGCCAGGAGCUACGUAGGGCACGCAUUGGGCGCGAGGUUCGCCCAGUCUGUUAUUCUCAAUCUGGAGGCAACGUGGGGGGAGAGCGACCCUCGUACCCCUCUGAUCUGCUUCCUCUCCAUGGGCUCGGAUCCAACCAACCAGAUAGAAGCUCUCUCCAAGAAACUCAGACUCGAAUGCAGAGCUAUAUCUAUGGGACAGGGACAGGAAGUGCAUGCGAGGAGGCUGGUGCAGAUGUCCAUCGCACAGGGAGGCUGGGUCCUGCUGCAGAACUGCCACCUGGGUCUGGAGUUCAUGGACGAGCUGCUGGACACCGUGAGCACAGUGGAGAACGUUCAUGAGAGCUUCAGGGUGUGGAUCACCACGGAGCCACACGACCGCUUCUCCAUCACGCUGCUGCAGUCCUCCAUCAAGUUCUCCAACGAUCCUCCUCAGGGAGUGAAAGCCGGACUGAAGCGAACGUUCGUCGGGAUCUCUCAGACUCAGCUGGACGUCAGCAACCUGCCCAUGUGGAAGCCGCUGCUGUACAGCGUCGCGUUCUUGCACACGGUGGUGCAGGAACGUCGCAAGUUCGGACCCCUGGGCUGGAAUAUUCCGUACGAGUUCAACUCGGCAGACUUCAGCUCCAGUGUGCAGUUCAUCCAGAACCAUUUGGAUGAGUGCAGUCCCAAAAAGGGCGUGUCGUGGGACACCGUGCGCUACAUGCUGGGAGAGGUGCAGUACGGAGGCAGAGUGACGGACGACUACGACAAACGACUUCUGAACUGUUUUGCACGAGUGUGGUUCGGCGACCGGCUGUUCGAGCCCUCGUUCUGCUUCUACACCGACUACAAUGUUCCCGUGUGUAAGACGGUGGAGGAAUACCUGGAGUAUAUUCACACUCUGCCCUACGUCGACACCCCUCAAGUGUUCGGUCUGCAUCCCAACGCUGAUAUCACGUAUCAGGGUAACACCUCAGCCGAAGUCCUGGACACCAUCACAAACAUCCAGCCUAAAGAGAGCGCCGGAGGUUCAGGAGAGACACGAGAGUCGAUCGUCUACCGCCUCGCCCAGGACAUGCUGGAUAAACUCCCUCCCAACUACGUACCUCAUGAGGUGAAAGCCAGGCUGGUGAAAAUGGGAGCCCUGACCUCCAUGAACAUCUUCCUGAGGCAGGAGAUCGACCGCAUGCAGAGGGUCAUCAGCGUGGUCCGGACUAGCUUGAUCGAUCUCAAGUUGGCCAUUGAGGGCACCAUCAUCAUGAGUGAGAGCCUCAGGGACGCGCUGGACAACAUGUUCGACGCUCGAGUCCCAAACCUGUGGAAGAAGCUCUCCUGGGAGUCGUCCACCCUGGGGUUCUGGUUCACCGAGCUCCUGGAGAGAAACGCUCAGUUCCAUAGCUGGCUGUUCGAUGGGAGGCCCAAAACAUUCUGGAUGACCGGAUUCUUCAAUCCCCAGGGUUUCCUCACAGCGAUGAUGCAGGAGGUGACGAGGGCACACCGAGGCUGGGCGCUGGACACCGUCACUCUACACAACGAGGUGUUAAAGCAAACCAAGGAGGAGAUCACCACCGCACCCACGGAGGGCGUGUACGUGUACGGCCUCUAUCUGGACGGAGCCGGCUGGGACCGCAAGAACUGCUGUCUCGUCGAGGCCACGCCCAAAGUGCUGUUCACCCCUCUCCCCGUGGUGCACAUAUUCGCCAUCAACUCCACCGCCCCGAAAGACCCCAGACUGUACGUCUGCCCCGUCUACAAGAAACCCCGGCGCACCGACCUCACCUACAUCACCGGAAUCGUGCUGCGUACGGUGCAGCCCCCCGACCACUGGAUCCUGCGCGGUGUCGCCCUGCUGUGUGAUAUCAAAUAAUCGCACCAACACACACACACACUGACCCACACACGCGUUCCGUUUCUUUGUUCUUUAUUCAAUUCAGUUCAUGGAAAAAUAUUUUAAUUGUUAUUAAAAGGUUCAGGUUCUUGUUCAGCAUUAAAAAUAAAAAAAAUAUGAGUUUAUCUUCACUAAA